CUGCAGACCUUUCGUCGCACGGGCUGGUCUGUGGGAGCGUCUGGGCAGCUCGUCGGUGGACUGGGUGGUGGGCUUCGGGCGCCCGUGUGGGAAAGGAGGAUCCGGGCCGGACGUUGGGUCAGCGCGGUGCUCGCGGCCGCCGGGUCCGUGGCCCACAGGGUUGACGGCUCCAGGGUUCGAGCACAGACGCAGACAGACGCGGGCAUCCUGAUUCUGCCCGUCUGCUCUCGUUUUUUUGAAAAAACGACAGCUUCUGCCCAAAGAGAAAAGCCACAUCUGCCUACGGAUGGAACCUGGAAAGAUUGUGCAAUGAAUGGUGAUACUCAGGCUGCAGUGGUGACCUCACCACCCCCGACCACAGCCCCUCACAAAGAGAGGUAUUUCGACAGAGUGGAUGAGAACAAUCCAGAAUACUUGCGAGAGAGGAACAUGGCACCAGACCUUCGCCAGGACUUCAAUAUGAUGGAGCAGAAAAAGAGGGUGUCCAUGAUUCUGCAGAGUCCCGCUUUCUGUGAAGAAUUGGAAUCAAUGAUACAGGAACAAUUUAAGAAGGGGAAGAAUCCCACAGGCCUAUUGGCAUUACAGCAGAUUGCAGAUUUUAUGACCACGAAUGUACCGAAUGUCUACCCGGCAGCUCCGCAAGGGGGGAUGGCUGCCUUAAACAUGAGUCUUGGUAUGGUGACUCCUGUGAAUGACCUUAGAGGAUCUGAUUCUAUUGCCUAUGACAAAGGGGAGAAGUUAUUGCGGUGUAAACUGGCAGCAUUUUACCGACUAGCAGAUCUCUUUGGAUGGUCUCAGCUUAUCUACAAUCACAUCACAACCAGAGUGAGCUCCGAGCAGGAACACUUCCUCAUUGUACCUUUUGGACUUCUCUACAGUGAAGUGACUGCGUCCAGUUUGGUUAAAGUCAAUCUACAAGGAGAGGCAGUGGACCGUGGAAGUACUAAUCUAGGGGUAAAUCAGGCUGGCUUCACGUUACAUUCUGCCAUUUACGCUGCACGCCCGGAUGCGAAGUGCGUUGUGCAUGUUCACACACCAGCAGGGGCGGCGGUCUCUGCGAUGAAAUGUGGCCUCUUGCCAAUCUCCCCAGAGGCACUUUCCCUUGGAGAAGUGGCUUAUCAUGAUUAUCAUGGGAUUCUGGUUGAUGAGGAAGAAAAAGUUUUAAUUCAGAAAAAUUUGGGGCCUAAAAGCAAGGUUCUUAUUCUCCGGAAUCACGGGCUUGUAUCUGUUGGCGAGAGCGUUGAGGAGGCCUUCUAUUACAUCCAUAACCUUGUGGUUGCAUGUGAGAUCCAGGUUCGAACUCUGGCCAGUGCGGGAGGGCCAGACAACUUAGUCCUCCUGGAUCCUGGGAAGUACAAGGCCAAAUCCCGUUCCCCCGGGUCCCCGGCAGGGGAGGGCAGCGGAUCGCCUCCCAGAUGGCAGAUUGGUGAGCAGGAGUUUGAAGCGCUCAUGCGGAUGCUGGAUAAUCUGGGUUACAGAACUGGCUACCCUUAUCGAUACCCUGCUCUGAGAGAGAAAUCUAAAAAAUACAGCGAUGUGGAGGUUCCUGCCAGUGUCACAGGUUACCCCUUUGCGAGUGACGGUGAUUCGGGCACUUGCUCCCCUCUCAGACACAGUUUUCAGAAGCAGCAACGAGAGAAGACAAGAUGGCUGAACUCUGGCCGGGGUGACGAUGCUUCUGAGGAAGGGCAGAACGGAAGCAGCCCCAAGUCGAAGACUAAGGUGUGGACGAACAUUACACACGAUCACGUGAAACCCUUGCUGCAGUCUCUCUCGUCCGGUGUCUGCGUGCCAAGCUGUAUUACCAACUGCUUGUGGACUAAAGAGGAUGGACAUAGGACCCCCACCUCAGCCGUCCCUAACCUGUUUGUCCCGUUGAACACCAACCCAAAGGAGGUCCAGGAGAUGAGGAACAAGAUUCGAGAGCAGAACCUACAGGACAUUAAGACGGCUGGCCCCCAGUCCCAGGUGUUGUGUGGUGUGGUGAUGGACAGGAGCCUCGUCCAGGACGCGCCCCUCUCUGACUGUACGGAAACAAUCGAAGGGCUCGAGCGUACAGAGCAGACCUUUAGUCCCGCUAAGUCUCUCUCUUUUAGAAAGGGCGAGCUGGUGACGGCCUCCAAGGCCAUCAUUGAGAAGGAGUACCAGCCCCACGUCAUCGUGAGCACCACGGGCCCCAACCCCUUCAACACGCUCAGCGACCGCGAGCUGGAGGACUACCGCAGAGAGGUGGAGCGCAAGCAGAGGGGCCCUGGAGGUGGGCGAGCUCGCGGGCCCUGGGCGCGUGGGGCCGGCACGUGGGCCCCGAGGCAGGAGGGCUGCUCUGUGGGCGGCGAGGAAAGAGAAGCCCGGCUUGCCGUGCUGUGCACGUCCUGCUCUGCUCCCGGAGAGAAAUCUGUUCCCAAGAACAAGGCCGCAUGUGGCAGAGGCCGGCCCGGGUCUGUGACCUGCGUGCGCCCCUGCGUGCGGUCUCCUCCCACCUUUGUCUCAGCUGAAGUCACGGCUUGGAGUUUGCUGACGGGCUCUUUUUCUCCCGUAAGCCCCGAGAGCUCCCUGGCUGGGCAUGGUCACAGGCCCAGGGACUAGCGUGUCGGGCUCUCUGGCACCUUUCCAGACCCUGUGAAGGGUGUGGCCAAUGCUGGUGCAGCCUUUGCUUCUCUUGGU